CAGGUGAAUUGUGCCUGUUGGUGAGUUGCAGUCUGCUCCUUAGAGGCACAGAAACAGUCCUGUGACCAGCCAUGCCACUUCACCGGCUUCCUGCUUGGCUGACCACACUGCUCUGUGGGAUCCUGCUUCUCCCUGUCCGGAUUCAGGGCCAGGACCCAGCCAGCCCCAUCAGGACCACACACACCGGGCAGGUGCGGGGCAGCCUCGUCCAUGUGAAGGACACCAAUGUGGGAGUCCACAUCUUCCUGGGAAUUCCCUUUGCCAAGCCACCUGUAGGACCACUGCGGUUCACCCCUCCAGAGCCCUCUGAACCUUGGAGUGGUGUGAGGGAUGGCACCUCCUACCCAGCCAUGUGUCUGCAAAAUGUUUAUACAAUGAAGGUACUGAAAAUGUUGAACAUAACUAUGCCUCCCAUCUCCAUGACUGAGGACUGCCUUUAUCUCAACAUCUAUUCACCUGCCAGUGUCCAGGAGAGCUCUAAGCUACCUGUGAUGGUGUGGAUCCAUGGUGGUGGACUGGUUACAGGUAUGGCUUCCUUGUAUGAUGGGUCCGUGCUGGCAGCCACUGAGAAUGUGGUGGUGGUCACUAUCCAGUACCGCCUGGGAGUCCCGGGCUUCUUCAGCACUGGAGACCAGCAUGCCACUGGCAACUGGGGCUACCUGGACCAGGUGGCCGCCCUACGCUGGGUGCAACAGAACAUCGCCCACUUUGGAGGCAACCCUGACCGUGUCACCAUUUUUGGCGAGUCUGCAGGUGGCACAAGUGUGUCCUCACAUGUCGUGUCCCCCAUGUCCCAAGGACUGUUCCAUGGUGCCAUCAUGGAGAGUGGGGUGGCCGUGCUGCCAGGCCUCAUCUCCAGCUCCUCUGAAGCAGUCUCCUCAGUGGUGGCCAACCUGUCUGCCUGUGAGCAGGUGGACUCAGAGGCUCUGGUGCACUGCCUGCGGGCCAAGAGUGAAGAGGAAAUGCUGGCUAUUACUGAGACAAUCAAUAUACUCCCUGCUGUGGUGGAUGGGGCCUUCCUACCCAGGCACCCCAAGGAGCUGCUGGCUUCUGCUGACUUCCACCCUGUCCCUAGCAUCAUUGGUGUCAACAACGAUGAGUAUGGCUAUAUCAUCCCCAUGAUCUCAGGACUUGCUGACACCAUAAAGGGAAUAAAUAGAAAGACCUUGCCAGCUGUUAUGCAGAAAACGGUAGGAAUAAUGAACUUGCCUUCUGAGUCUGCUGACCUGCUGAUGGAAGAGUACAUGGGGGAUACUGAGGACCCCCAGACCCUCCAAUCCCAGUUCCAAGAGAUGAUGACAGACUACAUAUUUGUAAUGCCUGCACUGCAAGUGGCACAUUUUCAGCGUUCCCAUGCCCCUGUGUACCUCUAUGAGUUCCAACAUGCUCACGGCUUCAUGAAGGACUUCAGGCCCCCGCAUGUCAAGGCUGACCACGGUGAUGAGAUUGCCUUUGUCCUCGGGUCCACCUUUUUCGGCAGCAACCCUCACUUUUCUGAGGAGGAGGAGCUACUGAGCAGGAGGAUGAUGAAGUACUGGGCCAACUUUGCUCGGAAUGGGAACCCCAACAGCAAGGACCUGCUCCACUGGCCCAUAUUGGAUCAAAAUGAGCAAUACCUCCAGCUGGACAUCCAUCCUGCAGUGGGCCAGGCCAUGAAGGCCUCCAGGCUGAAGUUCUGGACAGAAACCUUGCCUCAGAAGAUCCAGGAGCUGAAUAUGGCUAAGGAGAAGCACCUGGAGCUAUAGUGGGACUAUGUUGGGAGGAGUGGGCUUGAGUGCAGGUUUGGUUAGCAUCAGGAGUCCACACACUUACUACCAAAUAAAAAUUGACUCCAGCA